UGGUGCGGUUUGAGGCAUACGUCUGCACCCCUGGGGUAGUUUUAUCACGAGUUCGGUGAUCUGUGGUGUGCUACAUGAGACGGCGCUGUUGUGAAUGUAAAAGGGGUGACUGGGUUUGUGUUUUUAUGAAUGGAGGAGGAAACUCGUGUCUUGUGAGACUCACCGUUCAAAAACCUGUUGUUUUUAAUUUCAACCAGCAGGGGGAAUUUCGGAGAUGCUGCUUUUGUGAGCGGGGUCGUUGCUUUUGAAGAAAGUGGCGACACAGAAACAUUAAAGAUUGCAAUACAGCGACAGAGGAAUGCUUCAAAAUCUUCACCGUCUGUAAAAGAAUAAAGUGAUGCUUAACAAGGAUUGAUUAUGGAACUUUUGCAAUGUUAACAGCGACCAGCCUUUGAGCAUUCAUUUUGGAUUUUAAAAAGCCUUUUAUUCUACACCAUUAGACUGGACGAUUUUUUUUAAAGGAGAACCAGAUUAUUUUUCCUCAAAAAAAAAAAAAAAAAAAAGUUUAUGUAGUUAUUGAAUCUGUGUAUAUUACUCUAUACUUUAUUAACAACUAUAUGUAUAGGCCUAUAGAUUAUUUAGAUUUAUUUUUAUGUCGCAAUAAAGUAGAUGCAUAUCUUUGUCUGUACUGUACAUAGAUCUGUAUAUAUUUUAGUUGAGUUUGAACAAUAGUUUUUAAAUGUGACGUUUUUUCACAAACUGAAUUAAGACGCUGUUAUUAUUAUUAUUAUUUAUUUUUAAAAAAGACUGCAUUUUGCUUCAAGAAAAAAGGAAGACUGUAUAGUUACUAAAUCUAAAGAAUGGCAGCGCACCUAACGGCAGAAGAAGAACAGGCUACAAAGCAGUUCCUAGAGGAAAUCAGCAAGUGGACAACACAGCACAGAGUCUCCCCACUCUCCUGGAAUGUGGCCGUCAAGUUCCUCAUGGCCCGAAAGUUUGACGUCCUGAGAGCCAUCGAACUGUUUCACUGCUACAGGGAGACUCGCCUGAAGGAAGGAAUCGUGAAGCUCAAACCACAGGAGGAGCCGCUGCGCUCGGAGCUGCUGAGCGGCAAGUUCACAGUGCUGAGUGUUCGAGAUCCAUCCGGUGCCUCCAUCGCCCUCUUCACAGCCAAGCUGCAUCACCCCCACAAGAUGGGGCACCAUGUGGUCCUGCAGGCCUUGUUCUAUCUGUUGGACCGAGCUGUGGAGAGCUUUGAAACCCAAAGGAAUGGCCUGGUGUUUAUAUAUGACAUGGCUGGCUCCAAUUACACUCACUUCGAACUGGAUCUCAGUAAAAAGAUCCUGAGCUUGUUGAAGGGUGCCUUCCCAGCCCGGCUGAAGAAGGUGUUUAUUGUCGGGGCACCUGUCUGGUUCAGAGUGCCCUACAACCUGCUGAGUCUGCUACUGAAGGAGAAGCUGCGCGAGAGGGUUCAGAUGGUGAAGAUGGCUGACCUGCGGCAGCACAUGCCCCGUGACUGCCUUCCUGAGCACCUGGGUGGGGUGCUGGCUCUGGACCCUCUGAGCUGGAACCGGCAGCUGCUGGCUGGGCAGAACGGCCACGCAGACCCCCUGGAUGAGCUGGUGGCACUGCCCACAGGGCCGAGCCGCGAAGAGCCGUCCGUCCACACCCCCGGCCUGGAGUCCAUGACCCUGCAGGAGCUGGUGGAGCAUCUGAGGCUGGUGCCGCGCACUGGGAUCUAUGAGGAGUACGAUGAGAUCCGCCGUGAAACCCCUCCUGGCACCUUCAACUGCGCCCUAGCUGCUUGUAACCAGGACAAGAAUCGCUACGGGGAUGUUCUCUGUCUGGACCAGACAAGGGUUCGACUGAAGACUGGAAGAAAUGAGAAGUCCGACUAUAUAAAUGCCAGCUUCAUGGACGGUUACAAGCAGAAAAAUGCCUACAUCGGUACUCAAGGACCCCUGGAAAACACUUAUCCUGAUUUCUGGAGGAUGAUUUGGGAGCAGAACGUGUUAGUCAUCGUCAUGACCACCAGGACAGACGAAGGAGGGCGGAAGAAGUGCGGUCAGUACUGGCCUCUGGAGAUGAACGGACAAGAGGUGUAUGGCCAUAUUGCAGUGGUGAACCAGAGAGUGGACAACCACAGCCACUAUAACCUGACCACUCUGGAGCUGCACAACACAGAAACCUGUGAGCAGCGACAGGUGACCCACUGCCAGUACCUGAGCUGGCCGGAUUAUGGGGUACCGAGCUCGGCCGGAACACUCCUAGACUUCUUGGGCGUCGUGAAGCGGCAACAGAAGCAGGCGGUCAAGGCCCUGGGCCCUCCAUGGAAGGGCCAUCCAGCAGGACCACCUAUAGUCGUCCACUGCAGUGCUGGAAUCGGCAGAACAGGUACUCUGUGUGCUCUGGAUAUCUGCCUGUCCCAGCUGCAGGAUGUGGGAACCCUCAACAUUUACCAGACAGUACGGAGAAUGAGGACUCAGCGUGCCUUCAGCAUCCAGACCAGCGACCAGUACUACUUCUGCUACACCUCCAUCCUGGAGUACGCCCAGCGACAGGGGGCCCUCACAGCCAAUCAGUAAGGACUCCCACAAGCGCUGGACCAAUCACAAGCAACAGAGACUGACAAAAUCACUCCCUCUCUGGCAGAGCCACCAAUGGGCAGACCAAUCAUGUUUCAGACUGUGCAAAAUGUGUGAGUCCCCUAACCAAAAAAAAAACAAGCGCCAUCAGCCAGUUGUAACAGCAGGAGCAACUCAUUUAUGGGACACCCUUGAUUGAAUAGAAAAGUAAACCAGUCUUGCCUUUUAAAAUAGGACUCAGACAUGCAGCUCAGCAAACCGUCCGUGCUAUUGUGCAUUGAUACAGAAUGUUGUGGAGAUUAUUGUUCACUUUUGUUGUUUAUUGUUGAAAUGUUCAUCUUUGUGACUAACAGUCUCAUUCUAUAUUAUGACAUCCCAGACAAAUCCCUAGAACCAGAAUACUAAAGAAUCAGAAACCUGGCUAUAUACAGUAUGGUAUGAUUAAGGUUUCUUAACAUGUGGGAACAAUUAACUGUUACAGCAAAAGACGUUGCAAAAUAGCAGUCAUUGACAGCUACUGCAUGAAAGAACCAUACAAAACUAUUGUUGUACGGGUGGCUUUAAUUUCCAACAGUCAGAAGCCACUAUUACAAGUUAUUAGACGUCACUUUCUGGGUUUAUUAUCUUUCAACAGAUUACUUUAGAAAAUCUCAUACAUCUGCACUAAACUUGUAGUUACUCUCUUGUGGUUUGACUCGAUGUGCUGUGAAUGACACUAGAGAAAGGAUGGAAAUGAGACUUGAACCCAUUGCAUUGCAAUUGAAUUCAAUCUUAAUUAGUACUUUAGAAUGUAUUGGGUAAAUAUCUGGCAUUGUUAAGCUUGCAGUAAAGAUUUGAAGAGUUACAGAACACCAAGCAAAGGGAAUGUGUUUCAUGUAAACUCCAGGGAGUUCUGUAACACUCUAAAUGGACAGCUGUGAAAUGGGACUCCUUAUUUCCAUCCCUGCUAUAGUAAUUAGCUGCCGUUGUAAACAAACCAUUCUUGUAAUGCUUUGUAAAGUUUCCUAACUCCCUAUGCCUGUUUGUAUUCCUCCCAGACCCUCCUCUUGUGUUUUCAUCCCCGUUUGUAUCCCUCCCUUGUUUUCAAAUCCCAGCCACACUCAAGAUGUGGUGCCUCCACAGCAAUGCCGGUCUUGCCUGUAGAAACUAAGUAAUGACCUUGUUUUAUGAAGGACUGAGGGGCUGUUGAAAAUGCAGUUUUUAUCCCAUGUCUACAUUUGUAGGAUUGCUCAUGUUCAAAAGAGGUGGGACUGAAGCAAGUUCAGGCUCCCACAGUCACACUGGGUCAGAGGUGUGAAUUUCAGAUAACCUGGCCUUGCUGUGAAAGGCUGUGUUAGACCACCAUCAGUGACUCUAUUGUCAAAAGCCUUGAUAUUAGCCUGAAUUAUAUAUACAGUCUGCAAAAGUGUUUUAAUGCAAACAUUUACUUUUACAAUGUAACAUUAGUGCCACUUUAUAAUAAGUGUGAGUAAUUGUAAUUAUGUAUGAACUUGCACAUGGUUUCUUAGUGAAUUCAUAUUGAAUUCAUAUCAAGUACAUUUCUUUUCAUGACCCAUUCCAUACUCCACCAUAAAAUGAUUUCAUCGUGAAAAGAAAUGUAUUUUUCAAAUGUGACCAGUUUCUUUUUGCUUUUGUUUUAAAAUAAUACAAUAUUUUAGUUUAUAUAUAUAUUCUAUUGUGAAAUAUCUUCAGGAAGGUCUGUUUUAUAUAGCUUUAUUAUUACAUAUUAUUUAUAUAUAUAGCCACAGUAUAUAUUAUAUUUUACCAUGUUCAAUUGAGACUUUAACAAUAAAUACUGUAGAAUUAAACUUAUUUCCUCCCAUGUUUCAAUUCCACGGUAUUCAAACUUUAAUCCCAUUUUAAGAGUCUAUAAAGGGAGAUGGCUACAUUCCAUAGAGUAGUGAUGACCAAUUAAAAAAACGUGUCUUUACUUUGUGGUAUGGUGAAUACCUUUUAUGUCUCCCCAGCUGAUGCAGACUCCAAUAGACAUUGCACCUCCAGCAGGUGUGAUAUGCAUUAUAAUAAUCUAAUAUCGAUAUAUUUACUUUAAUAAUAUAAUUGUUUUAAAACAACUGAUGAAUGGAUAUUACUUCCUCCAUUUAAAGUGUGGAAUAAUUUAGGCAUAGUCAAUAUAUAUUUGUGAAAUCUCAUAGGAGGGGGGUAGGUAACGCAAUGAGAUUCCCUUUCUGAAGCCUGGCUUAAUGCACAGGUACAUGCUAUAGUUUUGAUUCAGCUCCUUGGUGCACUGAAGUCUCCAUGCAAUUAUCAGGCUCUGUUGAGACCAAGGACAUACUGUUGCAUGUUUGGAACCAGACAUAUGCAACAAGUAUGUACAAUAUUUACUUGUGUUCUCCAUUUGCAGUGUCCUUUUCCACAAGCUCCUAGAUCCCCAAAUGUUGUUGCUUGUUGGGUAAGAGAUUCACUGGAUUGAACUGAAAAUCAAUAUACAGGGAAUGCCCACAGAAGUGAAGCAUCUUCCUUAGAGUGGAUAUCUUUCCAUGUCAUUUCAAUUGCUUUUUUACAUUUCCCUGUCUAGUGUUUGCAGUCAUUCCGAGUUGUUCUGUCGCUCCAAUGUGAGUCAUUAUCAUGUUCCUCUAAUCUGUCUUUACCUGUCUGGUGACAAUCUGACCUUCCAGCUCCCCUAACCCUACCGUUUCCAUAGACCGUAUAUGUAUGUAGGUGGGGCUGGCAGAGUUGAAAUGUCAUAUUGUCCCAUGAUUUGAAAGUGAGGAAGGCUGUUCAAUCCUGACACUAAGGAUAUGCCAGACAAGCUCACAGCAACUCAAAGCCAGGUAAAGAUAGAUUAGAGGCAUUGAAGAAACAGAACCCACAACGAGUCAAAAUUGUUGCAAACCCCAGAUAAGUCUAGCAAUGCACAAUGGCAUUUGAAGCGACCUGGAGUUUUCAUGUUUUUCUAUUAAUGUGUAUUUUUACAGUGUAGCGCAGUAAUAAAAAAGCAACAUAUCUGAUUUGAAUAUGACGGACGGUGAUGACGCAGUGCUGAGUGUAUGCUCGCUGUGGUUCUUUUAUUUUCACUGUGACUCGGGUGAAGCCCUUUCAGCUGCUCACAACGCUAACAGUUUGAGGGAAUUCAUUGGUUUCCUGCCCCCGUUCACUUCCUGUGGUAAACCUGGCCCCACAUAGAACAAAAUGACUAACCUUAAUGAAAGUCAGAACUAAGGUCUGGACAACAAAUAAUAUGAAUGACUUUCAGUUCGCAUUGUAUUUCCUUGGUCAUUUUCAUUGACUCAAAGUGUAAGUGUAAACAGAUAUGCUGAGAAUAAGUCAUAGAAACUUAGAACUUCCUUUAACCAAAAAAUAAUACCAGAGGUCAAGCAGAAAAUACAUGUUUGCUAUAGCAUGUGUUUAUUUAAAAACUGCACAUUUGAGAACUAUGUACAAUUUAUGAAAGUAUUAUGUUAGCUAUAAUUUACCUGAACAUUUUAAUUUCAACUCAGAACAUGGAUUGCUUAGUUCACUUUGUCAUGUUGGUAUCCAAUCAUGAAUUCUGGUUUAAUUCAAAUGAUAGUGCUUGUUAGCUUUUGUGACAUUAUAGACAUUACUUAUUUAAUUGUGCUGUAGCCCUGAUGUAGAUGUAGUUUUAAUUGUGGACUUGGAUUGCAAAACACUCGUCGACAAACCCUUCUAUUCCUGAUUUUUUAAUCGUUAUUUAUAAUUUGGGAAUAUCCCACAAGGACAGACAUUACUGUACUUCAAGUGUGCAGAAGUAUGCUUGAAGUGCAUUCUGAGGACAGUGUUGCUGGAUACUGCAUUGUACCAGUAACAUAAAUAUGCCGUGGAAUUGUGUUUAAGCAUAUAUUUUUAAUAUAAACAUUUCUUUGAUGAUGGUCUUUUUCAAGUUUUUUUUAAAGACAUCUGGGAGUUUAAUAGUCAAUAAGAUACAGAAUGCAAUGUGGAGCAUCAAAGGAGGUGGAGCUCACAAUCGGGUGAAGAAAAAACACUUGAAAUGAUAAUACCCUUUUUUUAAAAAAAACGCAAUAUAAUAAUUGGCCACCAGGUGGCACCAGUUGCUAAUAUAAAUUCCAGUGGUGUAAGAUUUUUUUUUUUUUUUUCAGAAUUCUUUAUUCAGGUAUUUGCCCAAUUGACAGUUUCUGUACUGUUUAAGCAUGUAUGUCUUGUGCCAAAUGCAUAGAUGAAUUCUAGAAACCAAUUUACAUGAAGAAAGUAAAUGCUGUGUUAAAAACUUAAAAUUACUAAAACAGUGAAACAAACUGUAACAAAACAAACACUUUACUGAUUUUUUUUGGCUGACGUCUUUGGUUUAGUUUCAACAUUUCGACUGGUUUCACAGAGUCCGGCUGUCACUAAACUUGAAAUACCUUGCCCAGCAGCCAGUUCACCAUUAAAAAAUCUGUGCGAUUCUGAGAAACCAGCCUUUUGUGAAAAGCUAAACAUUGAAAAGUGGCAUUCUAUUGACAACUUGUGUGCUUAUUUACUGUAUAUAUUCAUUUGGCUAAAAAAAAUGGGGAUUGGCUAUUUCUUUGUCAAUUCAGUUUUCAAAUUAUAACGGAAACUCCUAUAUUUGCAUGAUAAAUAAGCUUAGCUAUGCUGCAACUAAAAGUGUUUUUGUGGUAAUCUAGUGUACUUCUUUGAGAAAAGGUUAUGCAAAAAAAAAACAGAUCCAAGUAGAGUUAUGACUUCAAAAACAAAUGCCUUAAUUGUAUGCCACAUAAACCUCAUUGUAAGCUAUUAGUGAUCCGAUGAUCUUGGGCACUCAAGUGAAGUGGCCUCUUUCUUUAGGGCUAGUAUGUUAUGCCAGCGAUGCUGACUGUAUAACAAAAAGAAACGUCCAUCUACAGUAUCUGCAUGGACCUAUGCUGUUUAAACCACUUGCUUUGAUGUUGCUCUAUUUAUUACUGUUCUUUUAUAUUUUGUAUCCAGUUGCAAUCAUUGUAUUCCUUUCUGUUCUCCAGUGCAAAGUAAUGUACUAUUUAUUUUUUUGUCAAUAAAAACAGUAUACCAAUA